GACGUUUUUCGGUUACGCUAGGACAGGAAACUUGCCUAUGCCAGUGGUAAAGAUGGCGGCUUUACCCCGCACGGACAGGGUACUGCGCAUGCGUGCUGCCGGCUGUGCUUACUGUUUGGAACAGGGCGGAAGAUGGCGUCCGCCGGUGCGGGAGCUCUGAGUAUUCUGGAGUACUUCGGCGGGGAGGAUGGGAACCGCUGCGGGUACUGUAAGAGCGAAGCCGGGAACUUCUCUCACGGAAUGUGGGCGCACUCUCUGACUGUUCAAGAUUACCAAGGCCUGAUAGACAGAGGAUGGAGACGGAGUGGGAAGUAUGUGUACAAACCUCUAAUGAGCCAGACCUGCUGCCCACAAUACACUAUAAGGUUAUCUGCAGUAAAUUACCAACUCAACAAAUCCCACAAGAAAGUGCUCAAAAAGGUGCAGAGGUUUCUUCAGGAGGGAGAAGUGUCUCAUUCUACCAGUGAUGGAAUUUCAGUUGAAGCAAUGGACUCUCAGGCUGACGGCCCGGUCUCUUGCAGCGUUUCCUGCAAAGACAAGAGUGAAAUCCCAGAGGAUGAGCUCAAACCACUGAGCAUCGAGGGCGAGGAAACUGAGAAACAACAUGGAGACAAGGAAAUGGAGAAAAUCAUUGGUGCUGAAAUACACACGGAACAUGGAGACCCGAUAGAAACUGCUACAUUAAAGACAAAUGUUCACUCAAUGCCAAAACCAGGUAAAGGUGCUGAUACAACUAGGCCACCUUGUCGGAAAGCCAAAGACAUCCGUAAGGAGCGCCGCUUGCAGAAAACACUGCUUCAAAAGCAAGAUCAGGCGUCGGAACAACCAGCUGUCGCCCCGACUCCACCAAAACCCAAAGCAAGUGGCAUCAAAUCUAUAGAGGAUUUCAUUGAUGUGCCGGACCGUGAAAAUGUAGCUCAUAAACUUGAGGUAAAACUUGUGAGGUCCUCUCCUCCCAGCCACCAGUUCAAAGCAACGUUUCAAGAGUCUUACCAAGUAUAUAAGCGUUAUCAGAUGACCAUUCACAAGGACCCACCCGACAAGCCAACUGUGAGCCAGGUCAAGUUAGUUCCAGUCUCCAUGGAGGAUCCUGAAUUUGUGGCUUCCUUCGACUCUUCAGCCGCUCUUUAUGCCAAGUAUCAGAUGAGCGUGCACAAGGACCUUCCUUAUGAAUGCCAACCCUCAGAGUUCACAAGAUUUCUCUGCGAUUCUCCAUUGGAGCCGGAGACUCGGCCAGAUGGCAUCUCGUGUGGUUACGGUUCUUUUCACCAGCAGUAUUGGCUUGAUGGGAAGAUCAUUGCCGUUGGGGUUAUUGACAUCCUUCCAUACUGUGUCUCGUCUGUAUACCUCUACUACGACCCCGAUUGCUCCUUCCUGUCCCCUGGUGUCUACUCUGCCUUACGAGAGAUAGCCUUUACUCGCAAAUUGCAAAGAAAGGCCGCUGACCUGUGCUAUUACUACAUGGGAUUUUAUAUUCACUCCUGUCCGAAGAUGAGAUACAAGGGUCAUUAUAAGCCAUCGCAACUACUUUGUCCGGAGAGCUAUUCCUGGGUGCCUAUUGAGAAAUGUGUACCACUGCUUGAGUCCUCCAAAUACUCUCGGUUUAAUGGUAAUCCUGAAGAAGGAGACCUAGAUUAUCUGACAGAGUUGAGUCGAGUUCGAGUCUUACACAAACGCACGGUCAUGCCUUACAGCGUAUACAAGAAGAGACGCAAAGGGCCAAGCGAUGAGACUGUUGUGAAACAAUAUGCCGCCUUGGUGGGUCAGACCUGUGCAGAACGCAUGCUCUUAUACCGCAGCUGAAAUUCCUUGAGUAUGGUCCCUCAUAAAUAAAGCUCUGGAGAAGAAGACUGCAUGCCAUUGUUUUUACCAAGUUUAACAUAGAUCUGCCAGAUGACUCAUUGAAAAAGUGUGACUUGCCACCAGCUCCCGCAUACAUUAAGAUGCCCCCUGAGAAAUCUACCCCUCCUCAGCGCACUGGUGAAGGAGACCAUGCAGUGGAAAUGUGAGAAGAAGGAAGAAAAAUGUGGUGGCUUCAGUCCAUGUGCCCCUCUGUCAUUCUAGAAAUGAAACCAUUGCUCUUUGUUGCUGAGACCGAUAUGAAUAUAUAAUGUGUUGGUAUUUAAGAGACUGCACUUUAUGUAUGGCUUCGGAUGUUCUGCAGGACUCGGCCUCUAUAGACAUGAUUUUUGGUUGUUUUUGGUGGCUAGAUAAUUAACCAGGUUGAUAUGAAAUGUAAAUCUAAUUUAGUCAAAGUAUCUUCUACUUGAAAGGCAUCAAAUAGAUAUGUGAUCAUUUAGCAUAUCAUUUGUCACCUUUUAAAGGGGUCCUAUCAUUUAGCUUUCUAAAGAUGUCCCUGUCUCAACCACCAGGUGCAUUAUGUUGUAAAAUAAUUUAUCAGUUACCCAGAAUGAGUCCAGGAGAUACGUCUGGCUUCUUCAGACACAUGAGUAUUUGCACGGAUGAAAGGGAUUUUUUGGUGAAAUGAAAUAUUCAUAUUUACCUGUUCCCCACUACUCAGUUCUGCACCCUGGGUUCUGUUUCACCAUCUUACGUUACCUGUUCGCCAGCCACGUAUGGACAUUGUCGGGUGCGCUUGCUGAAGCCAAUGACUGGCUUCAGCAGUGACCUUUCCCCAAGUGGUACAUCACUGCUAGGUUACGUACCCAUUGGGAAAACGUUACUGCUGAAGACAGUCAUUGGCUGCAGAAGCGUACUUGACAGUGUCCUUACCUGGCCGUAAGUAUACAAGCCUGGGCACUGGAAGAUGGCAGAACGGGUAAGUAAGAAUCUUUCAGUAGGUGAUUCUUGCCAAGGACCAUAAGUAAAUAGUUAAUUUAACCCAAGGACCACACAACUUGCUUCACUGCGCAUGUGCAACGAAUUGAGGUGUACUGUCCUCGGAUUAAAUGUGUCUGGAGCUGCCGGCUCCUCUCCGGUAACAGACGGGUUCUUUUUCUAAGGACCUGCGGGUAAAUUAAGUGGCCCCAAAACUAAUGAAAGCUUCACUUUAAACUAUUACAGUGCUGUGGAUGUUUUUGAAAACUUUAUCCUAACAUGUAUGACCGGGUCCCUUGUCACACUAUGUGCCUCUUAACUGUAAGGAUGCUUGGCAGACAAUGCCCGACCGUCACUGUGUAUACGCAAAACUUUAUACAGCCACUGUAAACGCCCACAACAGCUUAACCUUCUUCUCGUCAUGAAAACCUGCCCUAUCAAGUAACAGAUUUCUAGUUACAGAGAAUAUUUUGGUGGUUUGGUGAUGUCUAUAAUGAAUCAGGAGGAGGCUAACCGUUUCAUGUCUCCUUAGGCUACUUUCACACUAGCGUUUUGGCUUUCAGUUUCUGAGAUUCGUUCAGGGCUUUCACAAGCGGUCCAAAACAGAUCAGUUUUGCCCUAAUGCCUUCUG